AUGGAUGCAAUAAUUUCCAAGGGAAGCUUGGCCUCCCUGGCCACGGUUGCGACGGUUUUACAGUUUCUCACAGGAACUGUGAUAUGUAAUCGAUACAUAAGAAAGAAGUCAACGGGUGAUACAUCCGCCUUUCCUUUCAUAUCCGGGUUUUUGUCAUGCUUCAUGUGGCUGAAGUAUGGUGUACUCACCGAGGAAAGUACCUUGAUACUGGUAAACUUCAUCGGAUCCGCACUGUUCUUCUCGUACGCUGUAGUAUUUUUCAUCUUUUGCGUCAACAAGCGGGAAGUCAUUCGACAAAUGAUGCUUAUAUCCUGCAUCAUACUGAGCGCCACCUUUUACACCAUGUUUGAGUCGGACGUUGAGAAAUCGAUCCGUAUCAUCGGUCUCCUGUGUUGCUGUUUGGCGGUGUUGUUCUUUGCCUCACCACUGACAACGCUGGCGCAUGUAAUACGUACACAAAAUACGGACAGUCUUCCUUUUCCAAUAAUUGUCGCAUCAUUUUUCGUAUGCUUGCUGUGGACUGCCUACGGGGUACUUAUUGGUGAUCGUUUUAUACAGGUUCCAAAUCUUCUCGGUGGUAUAUUGGCCGGAAUUCAAUUGACACUGUAUGUGAUAUACCCGAAACAGAAAGCUUCCACUAGUGGCGGACCACGGUACUCCCCGCUGGUAUCAGAAAACCCGAUUUUGUAG